AUGGUCACGAAAAGGAGUGCUACCAUCGUCUGGUGUUGCCUGGCAUUGCUGCUUCCAUCCUGCAGUGGACUUGCCAAAUCGGAGGCCAAACCCGAAGAGAGCCUCUUCGAGCAGGAUCUAGGCGAUCAGUUUAAGAUCGAUGCGUCCACACAAGGCCUACAAAAGGUUAAUCUGCGAUGCGGUGCAGACUCGAUGCGCAUCGAGCUGAAGACGGAAGAGGACUUCCAGGGCGUGAUGUACACGCGGGGUAGCUACUAUAAGCAGACUAAACCGUGCUUCGUCAAGCCAGAACGUGCCGGUCGAACGCUCGAGAUGAAGUUCAAUCUAGACCAGUGCCAAACGGUUAACAACGGUGAGGUGUACUCUAACAUCGUUGUCGUCCAGCACGAUCCUGACAUCGUCACGCCCGGUGAUGCCGCGUUCGCCGUAGAAUGUGACUUCCGUAAGCCGCGAGGAGUGACUGUGAGCUCGGAGAUUCAGGCCCGCGAUAGCGAGGAUCCGCCGGCACCGUCGUCACGCAUUACGCUGACCAGUCCGGAUCCGUCGGCAAACACUCAGACACCGAACGAACACAACUCCGUGCACAGCGCUUCCGGCACGGUCACGUUCGUGCCGAGUCGCUUCCGGAAUGGGUCUCAGCUUCCGGAGCAACGGGUCCGCGGGACGGUCGAAACGGUUGAAAUGCCAUUGCACACAACAACCACCACCACACAACACCAAGAGCGGGAUCACGAGGAGCUGUGAGGACAUACAGGACACACACGCACACACAAACGCGCUGGUGAUAGGUGGCAACACAAAUGAGAAGGAAUUUCAAACGUCGUAUUGUGUCUUGAAAGUUCAGAAACUUUCAGAAGAAAAAAAAUGCUUCCACUCAAAAACACCCUUGCCAGAUGGAUGGAUCCACUGCAUAUCCUCACCUUCCCUA